AUGGAUAGUGCUAGCGUAGCCCCAUCCUCCGUGCGGGACCUUGCCGAGCGUCUCCUUACUAGGAAUAAUGAACUCGAAGAUCAGCUCCGCAAGUCCGCACAAUCCAAAGUCCCAUCGGAUCCCAACAUAUGGCUUCAGAUGCGUGACAACUUUGAGAAGAUAAUUCUCUUAGAUCAUGACCUCUCUGAACAGAAAGAGGUAGAAUAUCUCCUGUGGCAGUUGCACUACAAAAGAAUUGAGGACUUCAGGAGGAACAUUAGUGCUGCAAGCUCUGUUGCAUCUAGUGGGAAGAGCAACGCUAACCCAGAUCGAGUCAAGAGAAUUAAAUCAGCCUUCAAAAGCUUCCUUUCAGAAGCAACUGGCUUCUAUCACGACUUGAUGUUCAAGAUCAAAUCAAAUUGGGGCCUUCCACUCAGUUACUUUCCAGAGGGCCUUGACAAUGCAAACAACUCUGUGCGAGAUGACAAGAAAACAGUUCAGUUGAAGAAAGGUUUGAUUUCAUGCCAUCGCUGUCUGAUAUAUUUGGGAGAUCUUGCUCGUUACAAGAGCUUGCAUGGUGAUGGUGAUUCUGCUAGUCGUGAAUAUGCAGCUGCUUCUAGUUACUACAAAGAGGCAGCUUCUAUCUACCCUUCCAGUGGCAACCCUCAUCAUCAGCUUGCUAUACUAGCUUCUUACUCAGGCAACGAGGUGGUAGCUGUUUAUAGGUACUUCCGAAGCUUAGCUGCAGAUGCUCCUUUUACCACUGCACGGGACAACUUGAUUAUUCUUUUUGAAAAGAAUCGCCAAAUCUAUGGACAGCUGCCAGACAACAACAAAGUUCCCAGUGCUAAAACAUUACCCCCACGGUCAUCUGGGAGGGGCCGAGGACGGGGAGAAGUAAGGUUUCAGCCAAAAGAUGUUAAUGCUGAAACAGCUGAAAGGGAACGGGAGUGCAAUAUUCAUGAUACAUUGAAGGCCUUCUAUAUACGAUUUGUCAGGCUCAAUGGAAUUCUUUUCACGAGGACCAGGUUCAGCCCAGUCUCUUACAUGAUCAGAAUCAAUUCUUCAACCCUCACUGGUCUCAAUCUGCCUAAUAAAUUCUUUCUUCUCCUCUCCCUUUUUAACAGUUUGGAAACAUUUGGGGAGCUGUUUUCUUCAGUUAGCAAUGAUUUGCAGAUUCUCCUUUCUUCUGGUCUUGAGGACGAGCUUAAUUUCGGUUGUGAUGCUGCAGAAAAUGCAUUAGCUGCUGUUAGGCUUACUGUCAUCCUUAUAUUCACAGUACACAAUGUAAAGAAGGAAUCUGAUAGCCAGUCGUAUGCUGAAAUUGUGCAACGCAGAGUACUGCUCCAAAGUGCGUUUACGGCUGCUUUUGAUUUUGUUGGACGAAUUCUCAGAAGGUGUUCAGAGCUCCGUGAUAUCGCAUCAAGCUUCUAUCUGCCAGCCAUUCUGGUGUACAUUGAAUGGCUGGCAUCCCAUCCAGAGUUGGCUGUUGAUUCAGAGAUGGAGGAAAAGCAUGCAAAUGCCAGAUCAUUCUUCUGGAACCAAUGUAUCUCAUUUAUGAAUAAGCUGAUCCUUACCAACCUUGCAUCUAUGGAGGAUGAUGAUGAUGAGGCUUGCUUUUCUAAUAUGAGCAUUUAUGAGGAAGGUGAAACUGGCAACAGGCUUGCCCUUUGGGAAGAUCUUGAAUUAAGAGGUUUUUUGCCCUUAGUUCCUGCACAUACCAUUUUGGAUUUUUCAAGCAAACACAGAUUUGGAAGUGUUGGAAGCACCAAGGAGAAGAAAGCACGGGUUCAACGAAUUUUUGCCGCAGGGAAGUCACUGCUGAACUUUGUUCAGAUCGAUCAGUUGAGGAUAUAUUUUGAUCCAUCUUCCAAGAAAUUUGUCAUGGCCAAGAACCCUCCUGUUUCUAAAGUUAACAUCCCUCUUCAUGAGUCUCCUGAUGCACUUAAAACAAAUGGCGCUGACAUGGAUCAUGAGGCUGCUAGAAGAUUUGACUCAGUUUCCUCUAACAUGGGCACACUGCAGUCUAAUGUGCACUUUGGUCCUGAUGGUGACGAUGAUGAAGAAAUUGUUUUCAAGCCUACAGCUUCUGAAAAGUUUCCGAAAGCUCCUUCAGACCUGUUGGUUAAUGGAUACACCUAUCCUGUACCAAUGUCUGCUGCUGGCUGGCCAACCAAUGCUAGUUUAGUGUCUGUUCAGAGCACUGCAUCAAUGUCUGCGACUGGUUGGCCACCCAAUGGUGGGUCACAUUCUUUUCUAGCUGCUGGUAAUUGUAACAUUAACCAGUCACUUCCCAGGUCUUCUGUUGGUUGGGCUGUCAAUGGUGAGCAAAAUGUUAUUCCUAGCAUUGCUCCAAGAUUUGAGCUCAUGCAGCCUGUUGAGGAGCCUGCUUCCAGCUGGACAAGCAGUGGUGCACAGCAUGUUGGUCCUCAGCACACAGGUUUAACUUUCCAAGAUGUUAUCUCUGAACCACGUGUAUCUGCAUCAAUGGUUCAACGUUUUAGUAGUCCUAACUAUUCGAAAUUUCUCAGUGAACAAGAAAUGCUGUUAAUGAAUGGACUGAAGACUGUCAACAUAACUGGAAAUGGCUAUCUAGAGCAGAAAUUGCAGGCUGGAUUGAGUGGUGUACAGUCUAUUGGGUAUUCGUCUACUGAACCUGCUGGUACCACUAAAAACUCGAUGCAUAAUCAUGUGAACAUUACUGGAGAGACUGUCCCCUCUACACUUGAUUCAGUUGUACCUUCAAUUGCACCAUCAGGUGGCAUGCCAAUGAAAUUCACAGAAGCACCACUAACUGCUUCAAAGAAGAACCCUGUUAGUCGUCCAUCAAAGCCUGUUGGGCCACCUCCAGGAUUUAAUCAUGUAACCCCGAAGCGUCAAGAUGAUUCUAUUCUGGUUGAAAAACUGCAGAGCCCACAAGUCGAUGAUUACAGCUGGCUAGAUGGCUAUCAGCCAUCGAUUGAUCAUGUUAACAAUUUAAGAGCUGUUUAUCCUGGUGUCAGUGAUACUAGCACAGCAUUUUCCACUCCAUUCCCCUUCCCUGGGAAACAACAGGUCUCUGGGAUACAUGCACAAGGGGCCAAUGAGAAGACAUGGCACGAUUUCCACCUUUUUGAGCCCUCAAAACAGAAUAUGUUCCAAAAUUACCACCAAAUAAAUCAGCAAAGUGGUCAAAUAGCUGAACAAGAGCCAGCAAAUUCUAUCUGGUCUAGCAGUUACCAUGUGUGA